AUGCCUCACUUCGUGCCUGUCUACGACCCCGAAAGGCCGAGAAGGGAGCAACAGGCAGAUCCCUCGCUCUACAAACACAGAAGGUGGGAGCAGCCGCAUGCACUGCUCAGGCCGGACGGGCAGCAGGGGGCCCCCAGAGACGCCGCCGAAGAGAAAGAUGGAGGUGCCCGACAGAAGCUGCCAAAGAAGCCUGGCUCGAUGGUCCUCAAUGAGCGAGGGCUCUGGGUACCUGCACCCCGGCAGGCAGUAGGCGGCAAGGGGCCUCAAACGCUCCAGGAAUGCCAGGGGCCCCAGCCACACUGUCGGGGAGAAGAUCGCCGCAGGAGCAGGAGUAGAGACAGACAGGGAGGUUCCUCCUCGCGCCGAAGGAGCAGAAGCAGAAGCUGCUUUUUUGGUGAUGGUGCGGCUGUGUGCUGCUGUGGCGUAGGGCAUAGCGAAUCUCCGGAGAGACGACGAGCUCCCGUCUCAGAUCCCUUCGACUAUGUUCCCCCAAAACAGCGCCGCCAGCAGCAGCAACAGAAAAUGCAGCAUGGAGGCCGGGGCCCUCCGCCUCCACACCCCAACUCGCGAUACAGAAGGUGA